UCCAUGUCUCAUACACACUACAAAGCACCUUCACCUCAUUACGAGACAGCCUCUCCUCGCACCCGCUAUGAGGAUUCCCGAUUCCCUCCAAUUAAUCCUCACCCCUUUUAUGAAUCUUAUCCUGCAGAGCCUGUCAUGUCAGACCCUUCCACUCGCCAUGACACUUUGCCAACACAACAAAUACCUGAACAAAAAGAAAGACCACUCGAAUCUACUCGAUGUGGAUCUAUUGGCUACGAUGAGCGUGAGAUGAGAACCUACGAACUCAUCGUAUCUCAACAACCUCUUCACGCACGAAUGUGUGGCUUUGGAGAAAAGGAUAGAAGACCAAUAGAUCCACCACCUAUUGUACAAUUGGUUGUGAGACAAAAGGGCCAAGAAGGAGCUAUGCUUGAUAUCCAGACACUUCAAAUUCCAUUUUUUGUAUUGCAUGUAACCCUUUGGUCAGAUGACCGCAAAGAAGAGCGGAACAUUAUUUCCAAUCCUCCUAAAUGCACUCGUGUCCUUAUGGGCUCGCUUGUAAGUUCACCGAGCCUACUCAAGAACACAGAAGGCGAGCAAGGCCUUUAUUUCGCAUUCCCUGAUCUUAGCAUCCGUACAGAAGGACGUUACACCCUUCGUUUCAGUCUUAUGAAACUAGUCAGUUCUGACUUCCAAGAAGACGCCACUUCGUCCAUUAUUGCUCAAAUAUUCUCAGACCCAUUUACUGUCUAUUCGGCCAAAAAGUUUCCCGGAAUGACAGAAUCUACUGAGCUUUCAAAGGUGUUCGCCAAGCAAGGUCUCAAGAUACCUAUUCGUAAUGAUGUUCGAUCCAAAAAGUCAGACUAAGCAAACAAACCCACAAUCUCUCUCUCUCUAUCUUGUUUCAUUCCUUCUUUAUUUCUUCCUUUCAAAUGCCUUUCUAUAUUCUCCUUUAAGUCACCUUUUACUCUUUUUCUCUUCCUUUCCAUCUCAACAAAAAAUAAAGCUGAGUAUAAAACC